CCAUAAUCGGCGUGUAAACAUCCGAUAAGUUUACAUACAUACGUUUUUUUUCGCACCUACGUACGGAUCUGUCAAAUACCGAAUACGUGCGUUUUCCCCCAUUGUAGAACGAUAAUUUUCUGUCCGGAUUUCGAACGUGUACGUUAAUUUUUUGAAAAACUAUUCGUAUUCCCGUAAUAAUACGAACCAGACUGUCGUGUCAGAUAACGCCGGUUCCCGUUGUUGUUGUCGUACCACUUAGUUUUUCGCCGAUCCAAUUCUCACCUGCACCACGACGAUAAUGUGCAAUUGAUCCGCGAAACCGAAUUCAACCGUCAACGACUUUGCGUAAGGUAAUGUGUGUGAGUAUCCAUUUAAGCCAUAAUAUGUGGUAAAAUUUGCUCGUAACUAAUUGGUCACUUACGCCGACACUGGGUCCUACAGCAGAUGUAUACAGAGCCCAUUUGAUCUACCGUUACCCACUCUGACUUUAUUCCAAAUGUCUAAGAUGUACGAUUCAAACAGUGACUUGGAUCGACAAAUUGAACAGCUCAAGCGAUGCGAAAUCAUCCAGGAGCAUGAGGUGAAGGCGUUGUGCGCUAAAGCCCGUGAAAUACUAAUUGAAGAAAGUAAUGUACAACGUGUCGACUCUCCCGUUACGGUACGUACCAUCACAUUUGAUUGUAGAACACUACACUCGCAAUACAAAUACGACAAUAAGUAAAUUGCUGGUAUUCUAUUUACCAUCAAAUUAUACUGUACUGAACAAUUUACAAAUGUUUAAUCUAACUAAAUGUUUCAGGUUUGCGGGGAUAUUCAUGGUCAGUUCUACGACUUAAAAGAAUUGUUUAAAGUCGGUGGAGAUGUUCCUGAAAGAAAUUAUUUAUUUAUGGGUGACUUUGUUGAUCGAGGAUUCUUCAGUGUCGAGACAUUUUUACUUCUUCUCGCUUUAAAAGUAUACAAAUCAACUUUAUCUUGUACUUCCCAAUUUAAUAGUUAUUUUGAAUACAAAUAUACAGUUGAUCAUUUUUUAAUGUAUUUUAAUUAACUAUUUAAAAUAAGUUGUAAUCUAGGACAAAAUGUAUUGAUGUAUAAUAUUAGUACAGGAGAACUUCUCAACCCACAAAAAUAUUCUAUAUUAACAGUCUAAUUUGUAUUUUUUUAUUUUGUUGCAAAUGGAAAGUUUUUUUAGAAGAAAACAAAAAUGUUUAAUUAGUGUAGGUCAUUUCGAAAUUACCAGUUUACUAGUAUUUUACUGUCUCAACAUACAACAUAAAACAAUAUUUCUCUAUGAACUUGUUAUUUUAUUUUUCUAAAUGCCAUAAACACAUCAAUACUUUACAUGAAGGCUACAUCUUCUUAAAAAUUGUCCAUCUUUGAUAAAACUUUUUAUCUAUAAUGAGCCGAUAUGACUUUUUUUUUUUCAAUAUCUGAUAUUAUAUCUAAAAUCUAAAACCAUGAGUUCAUAUUUAAUUUAACCAGAUAUAUUUUCACCAUUUUAUUGAAACACGAAUGACAAUUUGUUAAAUAUCUAGCCAAAUAUCAGUAUUGAACCUAAUAUCCAAUAUCAAAUUAUGCCGAUGUAUAAUACCUAUUUUUAAUAAGUUAAAUAUUUAGUUUAUUAAUAAGUUCAAGAGUUACACAUUAACCGCCUGAUGAUGUGAUUUUUUUUCUAUUUUUCACAAAUUUUAAAAAAAAACCUAGCCUAUCGAAAUUAAACUGACAGUAUACUUAUGCAAUUUAUGAAUUAAUUAAAACUUGUGAAGUUAAUUAAACAUAUAACUAGUUGACAUUUUGUUUUGAUUGAAUAUUUAUGUUUAAUUCAAAUUUAGCAACAAAUUUACUUUGGUUUGAUUAAAAUUAAAAAUAUAUCAUUAUAAUUUUUAAACCAUAAAAUAUUAUCCUGAUUCUGCUCAGAAUCUUAAGUGAAAUUAGAAAUAUUUAAACCAAAAAAAAAAAAUCUAAUCAACAUUUUGUUAUAAUAUUUAAUUUAGAUUUUGCCCAAGAGAAAGUUAAAUAUUUAAAUAUUUUUAUUUAUUUAUUAUUAUAAAUUUAUAGUUAAAUAAAAGUUCUUUGCAAUUAUUAACAGUCAAGAGUUUCAAUAUUAAUCUUUAUAUAUAAAUUAUUUUAAUGAAAAAAAAUUAUACUAAUCUAUUAAAAUAUGUUUAACUAAUUCAAUGUUUGUAAAUUAUUUAUUUAUAUUUAUUGUAUAUAUUUUUUUCUUAACCUUUUUCUGUGUAUAUAUUUAUAAUAAAUAAUCGUUAAAUUAUUUUUAUAGGUGAGGUAUCCUGAUCGAAUAACAUUAAUACGUGGUAAUCAUGAGUCGCGACAAAUUACUCAAGUCUAUGGCUUUUAUGACGAAUGCCUACGAAAAUAUAAUAGUGUCGCUGUUUGGCGUUAUUGUACUGAAAUUUUUGAUUACCUGAGCUUAUCUGCCAUUAUCGAUGGAAAAGUACAUUUUUCUUUUUUUCUUUAUGGUUCUGUUUUAAUUUAUUUUUAUUAUUUUAUUAAUUAGAUAUUUUGUGUACAUGGUGGUUUAUCCCCUUCGAUACAAACUUUGGAUCAAAUUAGAACUAUUGAUAGAAAACAAGAAGUUCCUCACGAUGGUCCUAUGUGCGAUUUAUUAUGGUCAGAUCCUGAAAGUGAGCUAAUGCGAGUUAAUAAUAGUUGGUCAUCAGUAGUCAUAAAACAUAAAACAAUUUUGCAGACACUCAAGGAUGGGGUGUCAGUCCUCGAGGUGCAGGCUACCUAUUUGGUUCUGAUGUUGUCUCCCAAUUUAAUACUACUAAUGAUAUAGAUAUUAUUUGUCGAGCUCAUCAACUAGUCAUGGAAGGAUAUAAAUGGCAUUUUGACGAAACCGUACUUACUGUAUGGUCGGCACCCAAUUACUGUUAUCGGUAAAUGUCAACAUAUACCGCAAGUGUCAACAUAAUCGUUGAUUCAUUUAUUAAAUAUGUUAUAUUUAAUAUUUAUAUAUAUAUUGUUUUUUUUUUUUUAAUUUUUUUUUAUUAGAUGUGGUAAUGUUGCCGCAAUAUUAGAACUUAGCGAGACACUCCAAAGAGAUUUCACAAUAUUUGAGGCUGCCCCACAAGAAAAUAGAGGAAUGCCUAUGAAGAAACAUGCAGCUGAUUAUUUCCUUUAAAAAUACUCUGGUUCUUAAUGUAUUUAAUUUUAGUUCACAAAGAAAGUGGAGCAAAGGAAUUUUUCAAGCAUAUGAAAUCAUUGUUUUUGUAAGGUAUACUGACAAUAUAAUCAUUGUGUAACUUUUUUAAAGUAAAAAUACUUCAUCGAAAUUUUUGUUUUAAUCAAGUUACCUUAACUUUUCUAUUUAUACAUACACUCAGUGGAAGUAAAUAGAUUUGUACACUAUUGUAAUAAACACUAAUGAAAAAUUGAACAAUAACUUUUUAUAGUUUCUUAAAAUAAAUAGAUAUAAUUUAAUGUUUAUUUGUUGAUUACAAUUUAUAAUUGUGAGAAAUUAAUGAUAAAAGUUUUUUUUUUUAUAUACAUAAAUAUUAUUAUGGUCUUAGUCAAAUUGUUGAUUGUUCCACCGAAUGAUAAGUUUACACAAUUUAGACGUUGAAAAUAAUUUUAAUUGCUUAACAAAACUACUGUGGUGUUACAUUUGAUAUUAAAGUAAAAUAUGUUUGAUAAGAGAUCAUUAGUUAGUAAAAAUAAAAAAUAAACAGAUAUUGGUGCAUUUAUUCCUGAUGGAAAUUAUUACAUGGCUAAGUUUUUGAACUCUCGACCAAUGUUUACAAAACAUAUCGUUAUCGAUUUGUUUUUUUUUUUAAUUCAAUUUUAACUUGAUCUUAUUUUAAUACUUUUAUAACAGUAAUACAUGGCAUUGUAAUUAUUCGAAAGCUAAGUUUGAAUUUCCAAUUGGGGAUAAAUGUCUUCUUCAUCCUCGUCAUUUUCAUCGUAGUCAUCUCCGGGCUCUCCCAGGGCAUUGACAAAUUCUAAAACAAUAAAAAAUUAAUUAAUUCUGUUCCAUUAAAAUAGUGAUCAUAAUAUUAUUAUAUUUUUAUUAUUUUUCAACGUAAUCAUUUAAUUUAAUUACAAUACUGAAAUGUUUUUAAGUCAAUAGGUUUUCUUAUACUAGUUUACACU